AUGGCCCUCCUCCGACACGCCGCGCGCGCCGCGCGCUGCACCCGCCAGCCCAUCGCUUCCUCGCGCACCUUCUCCGUGUCCGCCCGACGACAAGGCGGCGGCCACGGCAGCGAGUCGCAGUUCGACCCGCCCACCGGCUGGCUCUGGGGCAUCAAGCCCGGCGAGAAGGCCGAGACCGAGGGCUGGGAGUGGCCCAUGUACCUGUUCUGCGGCAGCCUGCUUGCCACCGGCAUUGCUCUUGCCUUCAAGCCUGACACCACCGUUUCUACUUGGGCCCUCGAAGAGGCACGACGGCGGUUAGAAGCUGAGGGUAUCCUGCCCGACCCCUCACCGGAGAAGAAGAACUAG